AGCGAACGCCGGGGAUGUGGGCAUUGAUCCGGGAGCAGCUAAGCUUAGCCUUAGCAGGUGAGCAACAAAGCAUACGCCCAAUGGACCCUGACAGCGAGGUGCAACACGAUUUCUACCCUAUCGUCCGGCAGUACAAGAGCGGCCGCGUCGUUCGCUUUGGCACCGCCAACCCCGUCCCCGCCGGCACCGACACCGCCGGCACCGGCGUGUCCUCCAGGGACGUCGUCAUCAACUCGAGCUCCGGUCUCUGGGCUCGCCUCUACCUCCCGCCGCUGCCCGCCGGGAGCCGCGACAAGCUCCCCGUCAUCAUGUACUACGACGGUGGCGCCUUCGUCAUCGGGUCGACGGCGGACGAACCCACGCACGAGUACCUCAACAGCCUCGCGGCCGGCGCCAGGGCCCUCGUCGUCUCCGCCGAGUACCGCCGCGCGCCGGAGCACCCGCUGCCGGCGGCGCACGACGACUCGUGGGAGGCGCUCGAGUGGGUGGCGUCGCACGCUGCGGCGGGCGCGGGCGCCGAGCCAUGGCUCGCCGCGCACGGCGACCUGUCGCGCGUGUUCCUGGCGGGGUUCAGCGCCGGCGGCAACAUCGCGCACGCCAUGGCCGCGCGCGCCGGAGCGCGGAGCCUCGGCGUGCCCAUCGGGGGGCUGCUGCUCAUCCACCCCUACUUCAUCGGCGAAGCGCCGGUCGGGCCGGAGGCGACGGACGCGGCGCUGAAGGCGUGGGCCGACGCGUUCUGGCGGUUCGUGCGCCCCGGCGCGGCGGGGCCGGACGACCCGCUGGGGAACCCGUUCUCGGAGGCCGCGGGCGGGAGCGCGGCGCGCCUCGCCGCCGGGCGCGUGCUCGUCUGCGUCGCGGAGGUGGACGCGCUCCGCGGCAGGGGCGUCUGGUACUACGAGAGCCUCAGGGCGAGCGGCUACGGCGGCGAGGUGGAGCUGCACGAGUCCGCGGGCGAGGACCACGUCUUCCACUACACCAAGCCGGGGUGCGAGCAGGCGCGGUUGCUGCACGCGCGCGUGCUGCGUUUCCUCCGUGGUGAAUGUCUGUAAAGUCAGCACGUGUGUGGUGUCCGUGCGACCGUCCCAAACUCCAAUUUUUUUUCUUCUUCUUUCUUUUUUUUUAGAGAUGGGCUCCAAGCUUCUUUUUUUUUGAAAGAGAGGGCUCCAGCCUCCAAGCUUUGGAGUGAUCCGGUAAAUAA